UAUAAACCGGAAAUGUUAUGUUGCUGGGCAGCGUUAUACUAAAACUAUUCUUUCGCGAUUUCACGAUCAAGAUACUAAAGAAAAGUUAGUCAGGAAAAACAUGUCUGACCUUGUUGCCACCUGGGACAUCAGUCUCAGUGAUGGUAUACACACCAUAGAAUUCGAACAUGGCACUACUACAGGCAAGCGAAUCAUCAGAGUGGAUGGAAAGGAUAUUUAUCGUCAGGACUGGAUGUUUAAACUGGUUGGUAGAGAGCAUUUUCAGGUUGGAAAAACCAAGUGUGUCAUAUCUAUAGAUGCCGUCAGUGGAUUCUCCUAUGAGUACACGCUUGAAGUAAAUGGCAAACCUUUGAAGAAGUUCAAGGAAAACCAAAGCAAAAUCAUGAAAACUUGGGUAGUCUAUGUAGCAGGCAAUGGAAUGAGAGUAGUUUUAGAAAAAGACACAUUAGAUGUUUGGGUGAAUGGAACCAAAGUGGACACAACGGGAGAAUUUGUUGAUGAUGGCACCGAAACGCAUUUUGAGAUUGGAAAUCACCCUGCUUACAUCAAGGCAGUUACAACUGGAAAAAGAAGAGACGGAAUAGUUCACCAGUUAUUUGUUGAUGGAAUUGAGAUCCCUUUAGCUAAAGAAUAAGAGUGUGAAUAUUUCAAACUCAUAUUUUUUAGCUUUUUAAAUUUUGUUUUGUAUAUAUUUAAAGAUAUUUUUAUAGUUAAUUUGCUAUAUGGAAAUAGGGGUGUUAAUACAUUUCAUAAAUGUUUUACAAAGCUUAAAUAAUGGACGACUUAAAUUGUUUAAGUUGUUUUUUCUUUUUGCUGUAGCUAAACUUAUACAUGCAAAUUAUGUAUGAUUUUUAAUUUACUAGACGAUGACUUUUACAAAACAUACCUGACCCAAACAUUAUAUGACAAAAUAAAGGUUUUUCUUUAUCGUAAAGGAUAAAAGAAAAGUUUAUUAGUUAAAUAAUUGUUUUUUUAUAGAGGUUAUAGGGUAAGUUCCCACAUUAUUAUUUAUUUCAUUUACUGAAAAUAUGAAUAUAUUUUACUAAAAAAUAAUUGCUUUUGUUAUUUGAAGACUUUAGUCAAUAACCUCAAAUAGUAAUUGUUUUGUUGAAUAGCGAAUGUUUGCAUUAGAAAGAAUUUAAACUGUUGUUACAUGAUUUAUCUUCAGAAGUUCAUUAAGAAGAAGAUAUUCUACUCAAUUGCUAUGAAUCUCACUUCUUAGCGAUAAAUACCUUUAACUGUUGAAAUUUGACUUCUAAAUUAUUAUUAACAUUUUACUUAAAUGAUACCUACUGGGGCCUUUUUCAGGUACUAUUGUGGGUAUUUUUAUUAAACGUUUCUUUAUUUUUAUGCUUAAUUAACUGUUGUAAUAUUUAUUCAAUUUAUAUAGUUUGAUGUUUAAAUACCUACACUAUCAAAGUGCCUAGGUCUUAUCAAAAUAAACUGAUGUAUUGUGUGUUUUAACCAACAUUCACAUACUUAUUACAUUAUUUUGUACAUUAAAUCUACACCCAUAAAUUACCCAUGCAGCAUUUUUUUUUUCAUUAUUUUAAAUUAAGUUCAAACUCAAUUAACUUCAUUAUGCUUUCCUUUUAACUUACAGAAUUUGCUCGAGUAUAAUAUAGAGGGGUAUCUGAAGAUAAAUUUCAGUAUUCUUUAAAUUUAGUCAUUAAAACUUUGUGCAAUCUAAUGGAGCUAUUCAUACCUAUCUUUUCAUAAUGGGUUUUUUGGUGAUCAGAAAAUAAGUAGGCUUUAUCAUAGCCUAGUUCUGGACCAGCAUUUGUUUUCUUUUUCCAAUACAGUGUUGUGUGACACACCAACUUAUGUCACAGCCAUACUUUCCACCGGAAGAUUUCCUAUCAACACCAUUUUGGUGUCAUGACAAAUUACAUUCACAAUCAUAUUGAUUCACACGAACUUAUUUUGUAUCACUAAAUAAUACACUCUGCAAACACUAUAUGGUAAUUGUUUUGUAUAUAAAAUAAAUAUAAGCAGUGUUGAAGUGCAGGAUAUAUGCAUGUAUUUAUUAAUGAUAUUUUUAUUUUGUAUGACUGUCAGUCAACAGAGCAGUAAUGGUGAUAAAUAUUUCUAUUCUUGUAACAGUGAAUCCACAAGGGAUUUAAUUUUUUUUUUAAAUCUACCUAUGCAAUUCACAGAACUAAAUUUAUUUUACAAAACUUCUAGAGUGGGUCUAGUUAAAGAGACUCAAAUGGUAUUUAAUGGCUAUAUUUACCUACAUUGUAAACAAAGUAGCUUAAGGAUUUUGUGUGUUAUUUAUAUAGGUGUGUAGGUAUUUCUUCACCAUUAUUUGACAAGGUUUUCAUUUGUUUGUAGAAAUUAGUGUGUGGAUCAUUUUUUACCAAUUCUUUGACAAAGGAUUUUAUUUAUGAAGUCUGGUAUCAUACAUGUUUAGCUUACACACUGCAGUUCAUUGAACUACUCCAUUAAAUAAUGAGAAUUAUAAAUU